AUGUUCCUCACCGGAAGAGAUUGUGGCUUACUUAAGGACAGCAUUGUCGAAGAUAUUCGAUAUCUUGUCCUUUCCACCAUUAGUUGUGACUCUGGACGUUUCAAAUCUCACAACGGAAACGAAGCUGGAUCUACAGAUCAAGAAAGCGGGUGGAUCGACACCACCAAAUUGGUGAGUUACGCUACUCUCAGACUGCCUUCUGGAAACUACUGA